GUGUAAACAAGCGGCCAUCAUGAUGAACUGCUGGUCAAUUGGAGCCUUCCUCGUCCUGUUUCUGGGCUCCUUUUGCCUCUGGAACUGCCUCACGCGAGACGAACUGCUCGACUCGCCGGACUGGCACGGCUGCCGUGACCAGAAUGGAAAACCCGUGGAUGAGUUCGUUGUCUACAAGUUGCCAAAAGACAGAAACUCAGCCUUUGGUCCUCUGCGUGAAGGGUCAGCCUACAUGUAUCUUACGCCAGAAACUGCAGUCAGACUACAGAGUGGAGGAGUGUCCAGUGUGCUCAGUCAGUACAGUGAUUCAGCAAGUGGCUGGGUCCUUAGCAACAUCAGCAUCAACAAUGAACGUUCUAUGCUAGCUUGGACCCUAAGUCGGCUCUACAGUGAUCCUGAGCGACUGAAGAAUACAGCCUAUAUUAUGUACAAUGAUGAAUUUCCAAACAACACCAAAAGUUUCACCAAAGGGCACACCAAAGGAGUGGUGUUACUAACUGAACUAGGGGGCUUUUGGCUCAUUCACUCAGUGCCCAAGUACCCUCCUCCGCCAGAGGAUGGCUACUCGUACCCGUCUUCAGGGCAACAUUAUGGGCAGACCAUGUUGUGCAUCAGCUUACCUGCACAUCAGGCUAACAAUGUUGGUCAGCUGCUGUUUUACAACGAACCCUUCAUAUAUUCCUCUAACAUGCCCCGUGCCCUGGAGCAAAAAUUUGCCAUGCUGGACAGGGUCAUCCGUGGGGACCAACACCCUCAAGGACCACAGUGGUUUAGGAUAGUCAAUCUCAUUUCUCAGCGCGGAAAACGCUUUAUGGCAUUUGCAAAAUCCAGGAAAUAUAACGAUGACCUGUACAGUGGUUUAGUGGCACCAGUGUUGAAGACAAACAUAGCCGUGGAGACUUGGAGGAACGGCCCCCAUCCCCUCCCAUCCUCUUGUAAUGGUUCAUACAGGGUAAUGAAUGUCCAAAGUGUGUCAGCCAAGGCAGCUGCUACAAGCUUCUCAACUCACCAUGACCACAGCAAAUGGGCUGUGGCUACACAACCUGAUUCGUCUUAUGUUUGCAUUGGGGACAUCAACAGAAUGGAGACGCAAUUCCAUCGAGGGGGAGGGACAGUAUGCAUGUGGAGCCUUAGCAUCUGGCACAGAUUCCAUAGUCUGGUGCAGAGUGAGGAGGUUUGUCCCAUGACAGGGUGAGACGGGAGCCAGAGACGCAGAAGACCUGACACUGGAUUACAAUUCUGAUUUGUCUGGUACAAGGUUAUGUCUUGCUUUAUUCGUUAUUCCGAAUAGGGUUUACCCAAUGUGAAAAUUGUAAAUUAAUGGUAAUGCUUUUAUCUAUUUGUGGUUGAGCUGAAAAUGGUCUCUGGAAAUUAGAAUAUAAGUGAUAGGAUUUCUGUACCUUGAAUAAUAAGAAAAGGACACAGGAUGACUUGAUUAAUGUUUUUUUUAAUGAAUUGUUCUAAGUAAUGUUCUUUUUUUAUCAACUUUUUGCAGUAAUUUUACUCAGAAAAAGAAAUAGAUUGUUAGUUUAUGGAACUCACUGAUCAUAAAUGGAAGAAAGUCAGUCUUGCCAUUAAGCAUGAUAGCAAUAUUAUCCAGGUCUCAAAACACUUUUCUGCUCCUCUAUAUAUUCUCAAGAAAUGAUUUUUUUUACUGAUAUUCAGAGUGAAUUUUCUUAGAGUAAUGAACUGUACAAUAAAACACUGACCAUUGUGGCAUUGCUAAGAGGAAAGUUCAAAUUCAUAAUUGCAAAAUUUUAAGGUGAGAAAUAUUCU